AGUCUUGCUGUUUUCUCCUAGCACACAUUAUUGCUGUGUUCUAGCACACAGUGUAGCUGUGUUCUAGCACACAGUGUAGCUGUGUUCUCCUAGCACGUAGUGUUGCUGUGUUCUAGCACAAAUUGUUUGUGUUCUCCUAGCACACAGCGUUGUUAUGUUCUCCUAGCACACAGUGUUGCUGUGUUCUCCUAACAGUGCAGUGUUGCUGUGUUCUCCUCACAGUACAGUGGUGCUGUGUUCUCCUCACAGUACAGUGUUGCUGUGUUCUCACAGUACAGUUUUGCUGUGUUCUCCUCACAGUACAGUGUUGCUGUGUUCUCCUCACAGUAGUGUUGCUGUGUUCUCCUCACAGUACAGUGUUGCCGUGUUCUCGCAGCAUGGUGGGACGAGGACUUACAGUUUGGUGCUUACUGUCACUCUGGUUGUCACUACACUACUACACCAGCUAUGUCUCCAGCCUAGUACACCUCGUCACAGACCACCCACAAGAGCAACAAUCUUCCAGCAUGUCAGCACAGUCUCCACUCAACCCACAAGAACAGAAAGGAAACACGAACUGCCACAGUACCUACUGUCAAGGUUGUUAUGUUGUGUUACCCUUGCUGGUAUGCACUAUGUUGUUGGCGGUGAUAUGCCAUGGAAUCAGUUCAUGUCGCCACAAAACCAGCUUGGCCAACGCCGGCGUGGCCAAUAAUUGCCUCACCAACGCCGACUUAAACAACAACGAUACUAACAACGCCAACUUGGCCAGCAUCCGCUUUACCAACACCGGUCUGACCACUGCACCACCUACCAUCCUCCACCAGGAGACGUUACAGUUCUCUCACUUCCGGAACAACAAUGCAUCCUCAACAUACCAUUUUCAGGCUCAGCGAAAUAAUUCCUCGCCAAAUCUACGUAGGCCUUGGCGGCGCCCUUGUCAGUUUCCGGCAGCUGGUUCACUUCAAGAACCUUUUAUAGAGCAUGAGGAACCUGAGCAGAACUCACACAAGCAGAUGGAAGACAACAAUAGCCUACACGAUAGCUUUAAUAGUAUUUAUGAAGGUUUUUAGAACUUAAUGUAAGAACUGAGGGUUGCAUCUUGAGACAGAACCUGAGACAGGAACAGACAUAA